UUGAGAACGGUGCGUGUCGGUCUCAGACCCUCUGCAGGCGGCAACUUAUGCCCCGCAGCCGUGCUCCCCGGCUCAGAGUGGUACAUCUGCGACGUCGGCGGGAGCAGGAAUAGCCGCCCAGUGUCAUCUUCCUCGUGCGCCUCGCGUUUGAUCUCAUGCUCGAGGAGGACACCAGAGUCAACUGCCUGGUGUGUGUGCCCUGCCCUCCCCGCCUUCUUUUCUUCAUGGUUUUGAUCGCACCGUGCGUAUCAUCGACGAACGUCCCAAUGUCGACUCUGGCUGGCUCGUUCCAUGCGCAGCUGUCGACAUGGCGGUUCACUUCCUGGCGACUCCUUGCGGGUCAGGGCCCUGCACCUCAUCGCACUCUGCAUACCCGGCGCUGGUCUCUCAUGCAGCAGACACCCACCUCCCUGUGCUCUCGCAUGUUCAUGUUAUGUUCGUUCUCCGUGCCAUUACCCUAUUUAUACCCAUAGUCAGUCCACCCGCGCCCUUCUCAUGUAGUGUUAGCCUCUUUGUCUGCUGGGCACCAUAGCUUACAUGUCGUCCAUACACUUUGGCAAUCCAUACAGCCUUGAGAGUC